UUAAGUUCCUCCCACCGCACACACUCUCACACAUCUGCUGCUGGAGAGUUUGCCUGUUGCUCGCUAAAGUUAGCUUGUGAAAAUUUAAUAUUUUUACCUGAGAGCGAAAAUAAUUGAAGGUCAACCACAGUGGAUUCAUCGACAUACAACAAGGCUGUCAACAUUUCAAACAGGCUUAAUUGCUAAUGGAGACACGGGUGAGCCAUUACUGGUGCAGAAGCUUCUGAACUCUGUCAUGUCGGUCUGGCUAUUGAGUGCUUUGCUUGUGUCUCUGAUUGAGCUGGCAGAACAGGAUGGGCUUCCACUUUCUAUAAGGGACGUAAAAGUAUCUGAAGAGAAAACGGAAACAUCUAAGGAUGGAGCAUGGGUGUUGAAUGUUGAAUGGACAGAUGAAAAUAAUGAAUUUGAAAAAGUCAGCUAUGACAUAGAGAUCAUUCACACUGAACAGAUGAGGACCGUUCACUUUGAAAAUAUACAUGUGAAGGCAGACAAAAGCAGCCAUUAUCAUUGGAAAUGGACCUCACCUAUACCAUUGCAGUGCACUUCUCAUUCGGUCAGACUUAGGCGCCGAGAUCAGCUUCGCAUUAGUGAAUGGACAUCAUAUUUGACAUACACAGGUCAAGACCAAAAUUCUUUGACUUCACAAGUCUAUCCUCGAAAUCAAGUUUUCUUGAUUGGGAGUAACAUCACAUUUUGUUGCAUCUUGAAAACAGAAAAGGCUUCACUGAACAAUCUCUCUAAAUUUGUCAUCCGCAUCAGCAACAGGACCUACAUCACAGAGACCCACAAGGAUCCCUUUUCCAGAACUUCUGAAUAUUUUUCAGACGUCGACUGUGAAGUAAAAAAUGAAAAAUCUUCUUCUGGCGCAUCAGUAUUUUUUGGCUAUCCUCCAGAUGACCAGAAUCUUACAUGUAUCACACGAGACCUCAGCUCUGUGGAGUGUCAGUGGAAACUUGGCAGAAAAACCCAGCUGUAUGGUACAAGAGCUACAAACUACACACUUAAUGGAAGAAAAUGUGAAUUCAAUCGAUGUGACCCACUUGAGCUGAAAAAGCAGAUUACAAACUGGACUCUGAUUGCCAGAAAUGCACUUGGUGUGAAGAUUGUCACUGAUACAGGUGAUCCCACACACCGAGUAUGGUUGAAAGCACCUCAUAAUAUAUCCCAUGCUGCUCAUGCAAGAAAUGCCACUGUUCACUGGAGUUGGAGUGUAACAGAAUAUGCUUCACUUCUAAUGAUUUGCCAAGUGAUGCUCAAUGGAAACAUUUACAAUAAAACCUUUAGUGGAAAAGGACUUGCGUCAGUUGUGCUUGAGCAUCUGCAGCCCUUUACUAAAUACACAGCUAAAGUGAGUUGUGGGUCUCAUGAGCAUUUCUUCCAAUGGGGUGACUGGAGUGAAAUUACUUUUACCACUAAAGAGGACAUUCCAGAACUGGUAGAUGUUUGGAUUCAAUAUUCUGAAAACCACACAUAUAUUCAAUGGAAGCCUCUGUCUCAUCAACAAAGCCAUGGGAUAAUAACAGGUUAUAAACUAACCAUGAAUACCAUCAAAAGUCCAGUCAAUAUAGGAGCAAAUGAGCUGUGCUACAGUAUCGCCUCUGAAAAUGAAAAAAAUAAUCAAAUAAUCAAAUUGUCAGCAAAAAACUCUGCCGGUCUUUCUCCUCCUUCUGUCUUAAUCGUCCCACAUGAUCCUGGCAAAGGAGUCAGUAUAAGCCUUAUCAACAGCACUAAUGGUGGAUUUGAGGUGUUUUGGAAAAUGUAUCCCAAAUCAACUUGUGGCUAUGUUGUUGAAUGGUUUCCAACCUACAAUAAGACACAAUGUGCUGUAGAUUGGAAGAAAAUCCCAGAAUGUGAUGAGGAUGUGUGCCAAACUUGGAUUCCUCCUGUUGAAUUUAAGGCCGGAGAGAGAUAUACUAUCUCAGUCUUUGCCUGCACUAAUGGAGCACCAGUGCUUCUGCAGAGGAGUGAGGGAUACGCUAUAGAGCAAGAACCACAGGGUACAGUACAGAAUCUACACGGUCAACAAAAUGGCAGAAAUGUUGAGCUUUCCUGGAAGGAAGUGGCCUUAGACCAGCAAAAAGGCAUCAUACUUGGCUACAAGGUCAAAAUAACCCAUUCUGAAUCCAAAAAGGUCAUCAAAACAAUAGAGACAAAGGCGUGUGAAGUUAUUCUGCCAUUAGAUCCAGGAUCCUACAUCUUCACAGUUCGUGCUUUUACAUCAGUAGGGGAAAGCGAAGAUGCUAUACUGACAAUGAAUGUAGAAACAACAAUUGACCAGAUGCUUGCAGCCACUCUUGUUGGUUGCAGUGCAGCAACUCUUGUCUUCAUCAUCAUCACAGUGCUGUGCUACAGGAAGAGGGAAUGGUUAAAGGACCUUUUGUAUCCAGAUAUUCCUGAACCAAAACUAGCAGGGAAAUGGACUACACAGGGCAUAUAUUGUACCCAGAUGACCGAGGGAUACGUGAAGUGUGAGAUUCAAGAGGUUCACGGCUCAGAUCAUCCCACCUCAGAAAACCCACAUGGCCUUGACCACCACUGCUCUAAAAAGCCACUGUUUCCUGCACAACCGUUGUACUACAAUACUACUUUUCCUUGUGCUAAGAAGCUUACCUCGAUUAUUGAAAACCCGUCUUAUAAUUUGACCACCCCAGGACCAGUCGAUGUUGUGCAGACGUCUAAGCCUCUUUUGGAAAUGCAGGAUAGUUACCUUCCAGCAAGUAAGUUUGCACAACCAGUAUGUCACUCUGAGCAGGAUAGUUACCUUCCGGCGCCUAAAUUUGUGCAACCACUUCCCAUUGCUGUGGAAGAUACUUACAUUUUUGCGCCUACAUCUGGGAAAACAACCCCUAUCCAUGUGGAGGAUACUUACCUUCCAGCUCCUAAAUUUGGGCAGGCACCCUCUAUCCAUGUGGAGGAUAUUCACCUUCCAGCUCCUAAAUCUGUGCAGCAAUUCUCUAUCCUUGUGGAGGACACUUACCUUCCAGCUCCUAAAUUUGUGCAACCAUCCAAUAACCUUGUGCAGGAUAGUUAUCUUCCAGCACCUAAAUUUAUACAACCUAACUUUGCACAGAAUAAUGUAAUUGAUAAAAACACAGCAGGCAAGCCUCAGUCUGCAUGACCACAAAAAAACACUGCGCAUUUAUGAAGCGAGCUUCACACAGGUGAGUGGGCUUGACAAACCACCUGUAGAAACACUCUUCUCUCUCUCUUUAAAAAACGAAACACUCCCCCGUCCUAUCUCUAGCACUUAAUACUCUGAGCACAAACCGUUCAUUUGUAUAAUUGGCACUUCUUGUGUGUAUUACCUCUUAUUGUUGAAUCGCUGAACGUCUCCUCAACUGUAAGACAGAAGCAUCUGCUAAGUGAAUGUACCUCCAAAUGUAUAACUGCAUUAUAUAGACCUCAGUGUUGUGCUAAUGUUUAAAGUCUGUGUGAAAUCAAAAUUGACAAUGUUUAUUUUACUAGCGCACAUGGUAAGUCUUAAUGUGAACAGUUAAUCAGUGCCUCAGUAAGAUAAUCCACUGAAAUAAACUGAUUGUUUUGGUAAUCUUUAACCAAAUUCUAGCCUUCAGCUCUGGAAUGGCAGCUCUUCUCUGAUGACAUCAGUUUGACGGCUGGUGAGAGUGAAAAAUGAGAGGCGGAGCUCAAAAUAAAACCCUGUCCCCUGCUCAAUAUUUAGUUUGAGUUGGAAAUGCAUCAUCAUUCUGAAAUAAAAGGCAUACUAUGUAUGUAUGUA